ACUGGAAUUAACCCUUUCGGAGCCUCUACGUAGAUAUCGGGGACGUAAUAUUGAUUUAAAGAACGUACAGUAGGUCCAUUUUCAACAUUUGCGAUAUUAGCUCUCUUAUAAUGACAAGUACACAAAGAAGUGCGAGGUAUUCCCGGUGUCUUUCCCCUCUCCUGCGAGUUUCUCUGUCGUUACUGGCAGUUCCAUCAUGACCUCUGUAUUACCGAUGGAAAAACCAACCGCUGUCGCUACAGCGCAUAAUCUUCAGGCUCCAACCCUUAAGGUACCUCAUACAACUGCGAAUACCAAUGGAGCCGGGAAAUUCAACUCCCAACAAUCUCCGAGUGGUUCGCCUUCCGUGAGGAAAAAAGGAACGAAUGUUUCCGGCGGGAACAAUAUGUCCGUCAAACCGAUUCCGGUGUUAUCAGUGUCCUCGUUUUAUGAGCUGUCAGCGUACCUGCCCAGUGGGAAAAUGGACCAUUUUGAGAAAUAUCACGGGAAAGUGAUUCUUGUGGUCAACAUGGCUUCUUGUGACAAGAACACGAAGCAGGAACUGACUCAGUUGAAUGAAUUUGUGACGUCAUAUGGACACAAAGGACUCGUUGUUAUGGCUUUUCCCUGCAACCAAUUUGGCAAAUUGGAACCCUUAAGUAACGCCGAAAUUCCUCUAUUUUUACAAAACGUGAGACCAGGGGUGAAAUUUGAACCAAAAUUCUUCAUAUAUAACAAAAUCGAUAUAAAUGGCAGUCAAACCCACCCCGUGUAUGAAUACCUCAAAGUGAAACAACCAGUACCUCAAGACGACGAUGGGCAAAUCGCGCGAGAGUUAGGCGAGAUUUGCUGGCAUCCGGUUUGCAGAAGUGACGUCAGCUGGAAUUAUGAGAAAUUUCUUGUGUCGCACGAUGGACAACCUAUUAAAAGAUACAGCCACAGGACAUUGGCGGAAACAAUAAAAAAGGACAUCGAAUCGUCGUUAAGGAGAAUUCCCAAAGCAACGAGAGAGGCUCAUCAGUUGCAUCAUUGAUUUAAAAAAAAAAUAUUUGGUUUAACUUCUUUUAACUUUUUAACACUUAAAUUAUCAAAGAACGAAAGCACAAAUUUUGACCAUCCAGACCUUGUGUAUUAAUUUUAAUAAUAAAUAAUAAAGUUAAUGCGUGUGACAGUCUAUUUGUCUGUAGACAUGCGGUUUUCUAAACAGUUGUUGUUCGGAAAGAAACGAAACAAGAGCAUAGAUUCAUGCUCUCUUCAUUGACGACAAAAAGAUGAAUCCUGUUAUUUUCAUGAUGAAUCGACAAAGAACUAUGUAUGAUAUCGGUCAUAUUUGGCCACCAUAAUUCGCCAUUUUUUAAAGUGUUUCAUGUAAAUUAAAUUGUUAUGUAAUAUUUUAGAAGAGUUGAUAGAAGAUGUAUUUUUUUUUUACUUAUGUAUUCAAAUUGUUUGCACUCACUGGCACUUUAUGACGUCAGAAUUCGAAGUUACGCAAUUUUUAUAAUUUAAUAAAAAUUAUUUAAAAAAAUA